UGAGGCGGAGUAAGGUGAGAAGUCCUUGAGUUCCUGCAAACUAACAUGAAAAUUUCUGACUUUUUACAAACGUGAGGCGUCUUUUUGAAGAUGCGGAGACGUCACAAACAAGGUGCUUUGUCGACAAAUGGAAUGCGCUCGAUGUGGGAAUUUGUUUUUGUUUCCCAGUUCCUGCGGGUAUUCCAGGGGAAGUUUGGUUUCGUCUGCUUCACGGCCGAGGAAUUAGAGAAUGCCUUCUUGGAGUCCGAGAACUCGAUACUGUUUGGAAUAUUUAUACAACUGCUACAAACUCUACUUCCCAAACGGGAUGUGAAGCCAAACACAUGGCAGGAAAUCCUCGAAGAAGAGCUUGAGAAAAGAUCGUCGGACAGGUCUCCCCUCGACCAAGGAAAUCGUUAUGUAGACUUGAAACCCGAGGGUCGUGUGUUGCUGUUAAAACAACUUAUAUAUUGUCUGGCAGACCACCUUGCAGCAAGUAAAGAUGAACAAUUAAAAGAGUACACAAAGAACUUUUUAAAUCCAAACUCUUCAGGAGUAAAGCCCAUAGGUUAUGAUGCCUCCAAUAAUAUUUAUUGGUACUUUGAUGAUUUGAGACUUUAUCGCGAACUCAUUGGAAAGAAGGGUCGCAGAACAGGCUGGGAGACUGUCUGUUUAAAUUGCCAAGACUGGGAGAAGCUUCUGAGCUCUUUUCAGAAGUCAAGCAACAGUAAUGAGAAAAAGCUGUACAAGUACCUAAAGAAUGAGCUCUAUCCUGCUGUCAUGCCGUCAGUAAAGGAUGAGAAAGAAAAGGAACUGGAGACUUUGAAGAAGGACAGGUCUUCCAAGGCAAAUCAGAAGGUGGCUGCUAAACAAAAAGCAGAUAAAGAUGCAGUAGUUGGAAAAGAAGACAAAGUGGAGAGAUUAAAGGGAAACAAGCUAGAAGAAGAGGACGACCUCAGUGCUCAGGAAGACCAAGAGGAACAGGAAGACGACACCGCGGAAGAAGACCAGGACGAGGACGACAUUUCGGACGCUGAGCAAGAACUUGAGCUUGACGAGGAAGACUCUCCUCAGCCGAGGAAGAAGAGGAAGAGACCAGCACCUGAACAGGGAACGCAAAGGAGGCGCGGGCGACCGCCAGCCAACAAGAGAGAUCUGGGUAAUAUGGAAGAGAACAAACCUACUGAACGGGCCGAGAGAAGAAGGAAAAAAAGUGAACUCGAAGAGAGAGUCGAGAAGGAUAUGGAGGAACGGAAGGAACUAGAGCGGCGUGUGGAAGAAGAAAUCCAGAAACAAGAAUCUUUCAUUAGUGCCGCUGGAGUGGACUCCAGGACCAAACGCCGCUGUGUGAUCAUGCGAGAACAGAUGAAUAAAAAGAAGGAAUGGUGGGAGGAGGAGGGGCUUGGGUCCGAGUCAGAGGAAGACAAUGAAAAAGAUAUAGAUUCCGAUGGUUCAGAUGGACCCAGGCGUCGCAGAAAGCAAAAAGUGCCCAGGCCAGUAGAAAUGCCUGAACCACCCAAUAGAAUAUACGUGUUUUCUACUAGUAUUGCGAACAGAGCUGCAGAGGCCGUGCAUAUGGGUCGAGUAGAAAAUAUCACAGCCUACCACAGGGCGCAACCAUCAAGCUCGCCGUUUCUUAAACUGGAACAAACGAACUCAGUGAACAUGUUUGGUAAACAAAAGUCAUUUUAUCCCCAGCAGUACCCCAUGACGGGUUCUGGUGGCCCCGUCAUGUCAGGUUAUUCAGGAAUUCCGGGUUCUCAAGUGAAUGCACGACCGGGUUAUGGAGCGUCACAGUGGGAACAUAUGCAGCAACAGUCACAGCAGCCUCUCUUUAAGGAUAGACAAAGACUACAGACCCAGUCGCAAGCUAUGGAGGACAUUCAUCAGUUGCUCUUUGGAAAUUCGCAAAGCAGUGGCAAUCAGAGUACAGUGACAGGGAUGAAUGGAAUGUACGCCAGAAGUAGUUUUAAUCAACAGGGAGCACUAGGAGGGGAACAGUCUCCUUACAGUGGCUACCCACGAAGUGGAGCAUCUCAACAUCAGGGUUCUUUUAUGGAAAGGCGGCCUCAGGAAAUGCGUGGGCAAGUGCAACAAUCCCACUUUCCAGCAUUUAGUCAGCAGCAAGGUUCGCAACAGCAGGGAUACUUCCAGAGGCCAAGGCACCUCGGAGGAAUUCAAACACAAGGAAACUCGAAUUCUCCUUCGUCAGAUCCUUUGGGAGCAGGAGUACGGUCUCCUCCUCCUCCUUACCCAGGAGGGAGAGCACCAGACUCCAGGCAUCCAAAGAACAGUCCUGUGCCUUCUCCAACAAGUACAGGGUCUCCGCACACUCCCCAGACUCCUUUAACGCCCCAGACUCCGAGAUUUCCCGGCCCAUCACCCAACGAACCAAGCAAGCCGCCAUUCUCACCGUCUCAUCCUCAGGGUAGCAUGAGUGGUCCAGGAAUGGCUAGUUACCCUGUUCAACCACAACAGCAUCAAAAUAUGCUGCAAGGUGACGACAGGCAGAUUAACUCUAAAACCCGGCCAGGAUUUAUUGAACUUUCUCCAAAGACACUCCCGCACGGAAUGCAGAAUCCUUACACAUCCGUCAUGGGUAACUAUAAUCAAUCUCAUUCACCUUUGGAUGGUCGUAAGCUUGAAGAAAGCAAGUCGCCUGCAUUUGGUGCACCUGGUAAUCACCACAGCCCUUUACACUCGCCUACUGAGCAUGCGCCUAGCGCUGGCUCUCACUAUAGCAAUGCACCUCCAAACAAGAGCCCAUUUUUGAGACCGGUCGGUCAAACCUCACACAAUCCGCACAGUCCAUAUGCAACAUCUUCUUCCGUCUCCAUUCCAGGAUCCAAGUCAUUUUCAGUGGAAAGCUUAACAGCACCAAGCCAGCCUCCUUUGGAUAAAAGUACCAUUCCUCCAUCACAAUUAUCUGAACAGCCCAUGCCUCAGUACAGUGGGCUAUAUUUCCCGUCAAAUAAGUACCCUCCAAUGUUUGGUCAGCCACAGUACCAAUAUCCUAGUCACAUACAGCACCCUGGAGCAUUCUACAACUCGCAGUUGACACCGAACAUGUACUUAGGAAGGGCCUCUCUUCCCGUGUACCCUCCAAAUAGGGACUCAGGCCUUUAGUCCAAGCUUGCUUUGGUUUGAGACGCGACAUUCGUUGAUUUUCGUGUCAUGAACUGUUUCUCAGACAAGGAAUCCCGAGCAAUGAAGAACAGUGACACAAAGUGAUUUCUGUUUGUAUACUUGAAAGGGGUUUUCAUGGAAGAGAUCGAAAAACCAGUUGUUCUAAAGGACGAGAACAGUAAUUGUGUGACAAAUGAUGAGAAUUUAGAGCUGGAAUGUUUUACAGGUUCGAAUUUGUUAAUUUGCCUUCGUUUGCAGGCAAAGCAAAGUAAAUCAUAACUGCAGUUCAACUUUUGCUAAGGGAAAACAACUGACGCAUAUUCAAGAAUCAAGAAAAGGCCAGGAGGCCGUUCAUUAUGUGGUAGACUUGAACUGAAAUUUAUAAGACGAUAGUGAAAUAAUUACCUUCCUGGACUUUUGCUCAAACGACAACAGGUACUGUUGAGCAGCAUAACCAAUGUAAUCUCAAGCCAAAACUAAGAAGUACCUUUAUUGUCGAUUUGCUCAAUCUUGGAGACUGCAGUUGGAGCAGAUGCCUUCCAAGCUACUAGUCCUGAAUUCCAGCCUGAGGAAGAAAAUAUGUCAUGGAACGGUUGUGAAACAGAAGUGUGUCAAAUUCAGCUCUGCAGUUGGUUGAUGAUUUUCACUAUGUCCUCUUGUUGUAAGUAGAGCGAAAGUGUAUAGAUGAAAAAAGUUGUUUGCCUCUAGAGCGUUAAAAUUUAUUUAUGAUAAGUUCUCAAGCAUCCGUUCAUCUUUUGACGGCAUAAUGCUUGUACCUUGAUUGGUAACAAGCAGUCCUUACGAGGGUAAUGACAAUAAGGUUUAUAUACAUGACAAAACUAGGGCAUUCAGACUAUCCUCAACAACAUUUUUAUUCUUGCACUUGCGCUUCAGCUGUAACUUCACAGCGUAGAAUUUGGUCCAAGACACAUCCCUGGGCAAUAUUUUUUUCUCGUUUUUACUGUUAGUGUUUUUACGCAACUUGUUCGUUAGUUUUUGUUAUCCACAAUACUCUUUUCAAGUUGACCAUUUGUUCUAAAUCAUUAAGCUGAGUAUGUGAAACGAUAAUGAAGAAACUUCACAAACUUACGAGAUAACGAAGGUAAGCAAAUGAAAUCGCCAUGCAUUGUGAUGGGGGAAGCUAGAAGUUAGGUUUACUUUGGACCACCUAAACUUUUCAUUAGAAAUUUUUUCAGGGCGACGGUGAUUUUUUAAGUUACAGAAAUUCCUUUUAUGCCGCAAAUCGCGCUUGAAGAGAAAUACGAAAUUUCAAAAAAUGUGAAAGAUGCCAAUUUUGUUUGGCGGUUUUCAACCACGUGAGGCUUUUGAUCGGCUUCCUUUAAGCGUUGUCAAAGGGCAGUGAUUUGUUUGGUCAGCAUAACUAGCUGUACUCAACGUCUCCGCUUUUGCAAACAACGAUCUCCCUCUUUCUGGGCUGAGAAAAUUUUGAAAGGUAAACGAGUGUGGCUCAAGUUAACUCGAGCUGUUAAGGAGCUCGCUGCUUGCAUUUUGACCCGUGAAGUGUCGAGUAGUUGAACAUUUUUUACUAGAUAUCACUAUUAACUGAGUGAAUUCAGUGCUAAAAUGGACGACGGGCCUUUUCAUACACAGUAAAAGUAGCGAUGGAUAUAGUAGCUCUGUUAAUUGGACGUAAUCGAGGACGGACGACAUUCUUCGAUUAUUUCUGGUCAGAAGCAGUGUUCGUUCUUUGCAAGUGGCCCUCGUUUCACCAUGUUUGGUUGGUUGCCAUUAAACUAAAAUGAUUAUCAAGUAGUUCUUAGCAUUCAGCAGGCUAGUUAAGGGCAAAAUUUUAAUUUUUAGCUUUUAGCUAUUUUUAGUGUUUACCAACAAAGGUAGUCAGUAAAUCAGAUGAGUAUAAUUAUACAUACGAAUCCUCGUUCCUCCAAAAACAGGACUCGAAGUGUUCCGUUAUGUAGUGAACUAUUUCUAACCGGGUGUAGAGAAGUUUUAUAAUCCAUGUGUUGAAGGCUUGUGUAAAGGGAUUUAAAAAGCUUUUAGUAAAAACGGCCUCGCCGGGGUUUUAACGAGAUGUAGCAAACUGCCAGAGUUUAUAUGGUGUAUCUUUAUCGAAUGUUUUUCCAGACUUAUCACUUUGGUGUAUAUAUUUUUCAACAUACUGUUUGAUAUUUUAUGAGAAAAUUCACCAACACUUUCUGUAGCCGGUGAAUCACUAACCGGCUAUCAUCUUGUUCGCGUAUUAUUUUAAACGUCACUAAUGUAAGUUGGUGUAUUCGUUCAGAGAUUAAACUCCUAGUAUAUAACAGCA